CAACAUCGUCUACAAGAACGAUCCGAUGAGCUACGUUCUGGAGUUCCACUUUGCACCGAACCAGUACUUCAAGGAUGCCGUGCUGACCAAGCAAUACUUCAUGCGCUGCCAGGUCGAUGAGGAGGAACCCUUCAGCUUCGAAGGUCCCGAAAUUUUCAAGUGUACCGGCUGCUCGAUACAGUGGAACCCAAGCAAGAACGUGACAAUCAAGACUAUCAAGAAACAACAGAAGCACAAGCAGCGCGGUGUUGUCCGAACGCUGACGAAAACGCUGCCCAACGAUUCGUUCUUCAACUUCUUCAACCCGCCGCAGGUGCCAGACGAUGAGAAGAACGUGGACGACGAAACCCAGAUGUUGUUGGCGUCCGACUUCGAAAUUGGACACUUCUUGCGGGCACGUAUCAUCCCGAAGGCCGUGUUGUACUACACGGGUGAAGUGAUGGACGAGGAUGACGAUGGCGAAGAGGAAGAGGAGGAGGAAGAAGAGGAAGACGAAGAAGGAGAGGAGGAAGAGGAAGAAGGCGAGGAGGAAGAGGAGGAGGACGAAGGACGGCCACCAGCAGCCAAGAGCAACCGAAAAAAUCGGGGUGGCAAAAAGAAGGAAGUUCCUGCCGAAUGCAAACAACAGUAAAACGGGAAUAAAUUCUAUAUAAUCUUAUUUCAUUAUCAGCUUAUUUGGAAAAUAUGUUUUAAGCGUCUUCUAUAUUCACACAUUAAAAGCCCAUUGAUCAGCAAACAUAUAUACAAGCAUGAUUGAAGCAUAUUAUAUUAAUAUACUAGACACGUUGAUCGCUCCCGAAGGACGGAUUCCGUAAAGUUGCCUUUUGUUUUCCAUGGUCUCGAGUUCAGUUUGAGAAUGAAAUUCUGCACUGCACUAGAAAAAAUAAGAACAAAUUCAGAAGUUCUGUAAACAGACUGGUUAACUCAAAUAAAUGUUACUCUCUUGUGGCAAUUGAUGAAACAUGUCUAACAACUGUUGAAACCAAACUUAGGCAUGAAAUGCGUGCCCGUUUAAAUAAAUGUUUGGAUUGAUCAAAAUCUGUCCGCCACCAAUCAAUUGUAAUCCGCAUCUACUCAAACAUCUCAUUUUAAUAAAUUCCAAACAGUAAAGUAUGCAAGAAAGCAGUUUCCUUAUCUAUGUUUUAGGUUUACCAUUAUGAUUUUUUCUAAUAAAAUAAUUCUGAUCCAAACUGGAA